AUGGACGAAUCUGCACAUCCAACGGUGUUUUUCUCGGGACGCAAACUUCGCCUGGUCCUCGUUGGCUAUGUGGACGAGCAACGUUUAGAAAAGAAAUUCUGGGGUCGGGUCGAACGACACAAGAACACGUUCUAUGUCAAGUUCCUCCGAGACGCAGACCAAAGUGGCAACACUUUGGUGAGCAACGAAUUCUUCUCUCGGGACAAUUUCAAGUACGCCUUCUGGAUUGAGCACGUGAUCGAAGAGAUCAAUAGUGCAAGCCCUGAGGUCAGAGAACAUAUGGCCUUGGCGACUUUAAAGUCGACAAUUUCGACACCACCAUGA